AGGAAAUCCUAAGGAAACGUGAGGGAUCACGCUCCGUGUUUCCUCGUAGCUUUGGGCAAUAUUGACCAACUAUUUCAACCCCGAGACGUUAGUUUAUGCGCGUAUCCAUCGUCCGGCACCAGCCCUGGUUCGGUAAGUGACAGCUAAAAGGAGGGGGAUUGUGGGGGGGAAGGAAGCGCACGCCGUUAGGUCAAAAUGUCGAUUCAGUACGAGGUGGAACAGCUGGCUGACAGCUACGGGGUGGCCGACUCCUUCCCCAAAGACUUCGGCUACGGCGAGGAGGAGGCCGACAUCGAGGACAGCCCGACCCCGUCCGACAGCAAGCCCCGGAUCCUGCUCAUGGGGCUCCGGCGGAGUGGAAAAUCGUCGAUACAGAAGGUGGUGUUCCACAAAAUGUCACCCAAUGAAACCUUGUUUUUGGAGAGCACCAACAAGAUCUACAAGGACGACAUCUCCAGCAGCUCUUUCGUCAACUUCCAGAUAUGGGAUUUCCCCGGCCAGGUCGAUUUCUUUGACCCCACCUUUGACUAUGAGAUGAUCUUCAGAGGAACUGGGGCUCUGAUAUUUGUCAUCGAUGCUCAGGACGACUAUGUUGAGGCUCUGGGCCGGCUCCAUCUCACUGUGUCGCGAGCCUACAGGGUAAAUCCAGAGAUCAACUUUGAGGUGUUCAUCCACAAAGUGGACGGCCUGUCAGACGAUCACAAGAUCGAAACGCAGAGGGACAUCCAUCAGAGAGCCAAUGACGAUUUGGCAGAUGCAAGUUUAGAGAAGCUACAUCUCAGCUUUUACUUGACAAGUAUUUAUGACCACUCCAUCUUUGAAGCCUUCAGCAAAGUGGUGCAGAAGCUCAUCCCACAGCUCCCCACCUUGGAAAACCUCCUUAAUAUUUUUAUUUCUAAUUCAGGGAUAGAGAAGGCCUUCCUGUUUGACGUGGUCAGUAAGAUCUACAUCGCCACAGACAGCUCCCCGGUAGACAUGCAGUCCUACGAACUGUGCUGCGAUAUGAUCGACGUGGUUAUUGAUGUCUCCUGCAUCUAUGGUCUGCGAGAGGAUGGCAGUGGCAGUGCCUACGACAAGGAGUCUAUGGCCAUCAUCAAGCUCAACAACACCACUGUGCUGUACCUGAAAGAGGUCACAAAGUUCCUGGCCCUCGUCUGUAUCCUACGAGAGGAAAGCUUCGAGCGCAAAGGAUUAAUAGACUACAACUUCCACUGUUUCCGGAAGGCUAUCCAUGAAGUUUUUGAGGUGGGGGUUUCCACUCAGCGCCCGGUGGUGGGCUCGCCCUGUAACAAGGCUGUUGCACUGAAUGGCACACCACGCAACACUGUCUAAUCACUGAUGCAAGAUAACAAAAAGCAAAGACACGAAAGGAGGGUUCAGGAAAAGAAAGCUGGAGAAGGGUCGGGGAGCUUGUAGAGGAGAGACUACUAAUCUGGGGCUCACCAGCGCACCAGUCACAACCCACUUGCUCCCAGCACCUAAAGCACUGACAGAGGCCUCCAUCCAAAAGUGUGGGAGCAGCGCUGGAGCACAGAGGGGUCCGGUUAAGACGGAGCGGGAGUCCAGGCAUCUGUUUUAGGUGAAUGUAAAGAACAUUGUCCUUAAGACAGCUCAACUGCAGCUGGACAGGAAAAAAAAGGUUCAGUAUCUUUCUUUGGGUCUCCUUAAGCAGCCGGAGGCUGUGAUAAUUAGCUGCUUAUUCUUCUCUGUGAACAUUGUGAGUAGGAAAAAAAAAAAACACCUUCUGACCUCUGCUGGACAAACUGUGAUAUCAGGAUCCUGUCUAGAGAUGUGCCAGACCACUUCUGUGCUGAAAAAAAGAUGGUGGAUGUGAACUGCUCAUCCUAACCCACACAUUUUCAGAUGGCCUUAAGUAGACAAAGCUUGACUGCGGUGCAAGCUUUCUCUCACCACCACUCACCUCACCUUACCUGAAUGCUGCCCAAAACCUGCUUUUUGGUUCCACUUGUGAAGGGAAAACAAAGGUUUGUGAGCAGACUGAAAAGGGAUUGUGCUGUCCAGCUAAUUUUGUUGUGUGUGUGCGUGCGUGCAUGUGUUCGUGUCUCAGUGGAAGGUUUUGACCAGAUCCCUGACUGGGCUCCUUGUCUGCAAGUGAAUGACCUUUACAGAGAAAGUGUUUGUCCUUCAUGUUGAUAACUGCAGCUUAGCCUAAUUAAACUCUUGUCAAUCAUUAAAAGUAACUUUUCUUUAUGUUCCAUUGAAGAAUAAAGCUUUUUAUUGGCUCUGUAAACAUUUAUAGGGAGAAGAAACUGUGUUUUUAAAAGCAUUAACAAAAUUGUUGAAAAAAAUGUGUUAUUCCAAAUAUGCUUUGUUGAAAGUUCAGUGAGAUUCUGGUUGGAGGAAGAGGGCUGGUGGAGGCGUUCUGGGGUUGUCAUGCCCAACUUGCAUGCAUUUCAUCUGAGUUUCAAUCCUGCCCCAAAAUGAAUCUACAUUUUCUAUUUAGUUUAGUCCUUAUUAGGGUUCAUGAGAAGGGAAACGACCCAUUCUAGGCAUGCGUGCACCUGCGUGUUCACACGUGUAUUGCUUUCAGACGUAAACUGUGCAUUGUAAUCAAAGUGGGGGAAAAUGAAAAUUAAAGAGAUAAAUAAGGAGGAAAAAGACCAAACGUCAUUAUUGACGUAAUAGUGACUCAAAUGAGGUUCAUGCCUUUUGAUAUUUUUUUUUUUUUUUUUUUUUUUAAAUCUGGGUUGAGUUUUAGCUGCAUCUAAAGUGAGGUGACUUAUACAAUAAAGCAAGAUCAGUGGCUCAGUGAGGUAACACCACAAAGAUGAGUUUAUUUCUUAUUGAGCUCUUUCACACGGGUAACUAACCUGCUCCAAAACUGGUUGAGAUCCAGAUAAGAGAUGAACAGAAAUAGAUAAACUGCAUCCUGACCAACCGCAGGGACGAGAGGGCAAAAAAAAAAAUGAAGACAUUUGUGUGUAAGUGUUAGAUCAAAUAAGCCCUUCUGGCUUUUUCAUUACAUCAUAGGACAGAAAUACCUAUCUUUAUGGAAAUCACUGGCUUCUGAUUUCCUUGCCUUUUUGGUGGUGCAGCAUGUGAACACUGUAUUGUAGUCACCAAAAUGCCCGUUUUCCUUCCUUUCUCCCCCAGCUUUAAUUCCUAGCGUUAGCGGCAGCAGCUGUGUAGCUUUCAGUCUGUAUUAUUCAUUAUAUUUACAUUGUCAUAUUCCUUAAAGAUGAUGUUUUGCUCUUCCCGUGAGAAAUGCUUCAUAGUAAUGUGAAAGGGCCGAAACCGUCCCUUUUACAUGAACGUUUGCUCGUAAAAUCUGCAAUUACAUGCCGAUCUGAUAACGAUCAUUAAGAUUACUUAUGGUUGAUGACCUCCAGAUACUCUUUUGAAUCUGCUUUUUAGUGCAGGGCCCAAUAACUCUACUUAGGAACCAGAAUUACCAUGUUUUUUUUUUUCAUUCUUCUUCCUCUUCUUUUGGUCUUUUAUUUAGCAAAAUAAUUCAGGGAUCUUCUUCAAACUGGCCGAAGAUUUAAUCAAGUUGGUCUUCAUCAGACACCUGAAAAUUAAUCACCCUUACUGUUUCACAUCAGAACUGUGAUGGAUGAGUGAUUUCAUGUAUUGUGAUGUAAUACUGUGUGAAAUAAAUCAGAAAAAGUUG